UUCUUCUCCCUGUAUAAUAGUGGAUUUUCCAUGGUGGAUUUGUGGUGGGCUAUUUUGGGCUCUGUACUGGCUCCUACAUGCACCACUGUAAUCCAAUUGUGCUUUAUUAUUGAAAUUGCUGAGACCUAAUUUUCCGAUCCUGUCACUGUUGACGAGCGCCGUAAUCAGCUAAUUCAAGUUAUUCCAGACCAUUAAGUCACACACUGGGAUUGGUCAUGGUCACCGAAGCAGCGGGGAGGAAGGACGGCGAUAAGAUCUGUGUUGGACGUAUAGUUUUUGUGUGCAUUCAGGCUUGCAGUCAUGCUGACGAUCUAUGUGUUUGAGUUCAGCAAAGCCCUGAGAGACUUUUGUUCUCUUUUGUUCUGUAUAUCCAAGAGUGACCCACAGCAUGUCCUCUCAGAGGCGUUUGAUUGGCGCUGUAAAGCUCUUAUAGUGUGAGCUUUAUCUGUUCAGGUUCACAGAUAUGUGUUUUUUUUGUUGUUUUUUUUUUAAAUGCAGGAACACUUUUAUGAGUGGCAGUAGAAUACUAAUGUUCUUAUGAAUUGCGUUGCCCUAUGUGCCAGUUGUGUAGGGGGAGUUAUUCUAUCUCACAGAGAUUGUGUUCUUAUCUGUGAAUAGAAAUAAUACAUACACACACACGCACACACAUUGUGGUACAUACAGACAAUAGAGCUUGGACACACAAACACAACUCUUUUUGACUACGUUGUUGCCAGGAAACUUUGCUAGAGUCUUUAAGAGUGAAGGAUAAUAAAAGAAAAGGACUGUGUGUAAGUGUGUGUGUGGGGCCUCUGCUACUCUCUGGGCUACUGGGGGCAGUUAACUCUCAGUGGGUGUGAUGUGCUGCAGCCAGGACUGUUAACGUUGAUUGCCUCUAAGACUGGCUUAGACAAACGUCGACACAAAGCUCGGGCUGGAAUCUGCUGAGUCUCCUACGGACGAGACCCAGCCAAGGCUGAGACAGAACAACCAGAGGCUGAGGAUUUGUUUGGAAUGUCAUACAUUUAAAAAAUGGUGUUUCAACACCUCAGAGCAGGGGGACUCUGGGACAGUUUAUUGUGGACACCCAUUGUGGACUGAGAGGAUAAAAUUGUCCGUCUUGGUCUGAGCCGUAACCAUGGGAACGAGGAUGGAAGUUGCACAGCUUGAAAGCAGGAUGAACACCAAGGACUAUGGAAAGUUGCAGAGGCUUUUCCUUGACUCCUCAGGUGUAUCUCGCUCCUUGUCCAGAGUCGAAUUCAUUGAUCUGGCUUGGUCAACAGUUGGCCGUGGGUCCAAGGAGGAAUAUGGCCUCCUGUUUGACAGUGUGGUUGUCGCUCAGGAGCACCGUGGCCUCCUUCUGGACAUCGAUGCCGUGAAGGAAGAAGGACGUGUCGACUGGGGUGGGCUGUGCUCCUUUCUUCUGCUGGAGCUUUCUGAUAAAGUUAAGAACACCAGACCCCUACGAGCGCCUUGCUGGAAGUCACCUCACACCUUAACCUGUCCACAUCGAGACCCUGUUCAAAAGGUGUUGUACCUGCAGAGUUCAGGUCAGUACCUGACUGUGAGUAGAGGAGGAACUGUGGGGCUGCGGGACGGAGAGGACAUGUCCCUCAUGAGCACACAUCGACUGCAGAACUGCACCGUCGCACCCAAAGACCUCUGGGUCACUGACAUGGUGCUGCUGCAAAAUGUCCACAAGAUGGCUGUGUCUUUCACAAGUAAAGAAGUGUGUUUUUAUGACUUACUAUUACUUACAAAGCAGGACUUUAGCUGCCAGUACAAACUCCAGGGUUUGAAGUUUACUCCCUGGUGUCUGGACUACUGGGUGGCUCCCUCUCAGCCUGACCACGCUGUCCUCACCAUCGGAGACACUGGAGGACAGGUCAGUGCUUUAUAUUUUACCUCCGCCCAGAUCUCUCUGUUUGAGAGACUCAGUCUGAGGAUGGACUCUGACUCAGCAGACAUCAUCUUAUGGGAUGAUCUGGUCAAAGGCAAACAUCACUUCUGUUACACCGUGACACAUCAAGCACACGCACCUGCCUGGGUUAGAAAAGUGCGUUACCUGGGCUCACUGGAGGCCUUUGUGUCGUGCUGCACAGCACCACAGAGCAGCAUGGUGAUUGGAUGGAGGGAAAAGGAAAGCCGGAGUAUACGAGUCACUUCUUUCUUUACAGAGAGGGGCGUCUGGGACAUGGACCACCACUGUGGACUCAGUCUGAUAGCCACAGCAGGUGUGGAUCAUCAGGUCUUGCUGUGGAACCCUUAUGUGACCUCGGAGCCAGUGUGUGUGCUCAGUGGGCACACGAGCCCCGUCACCGCCGUUCACUUCAUGCAGGCAAAGCACCGACUGCUCAGCUACUCCAAAGAUAAGGUGCUCUGUCUGUGGGACGUUUCCAGCCAACUAUGCAUUCACCGUCUGGCUGGUGUCUUCCCAACGACGCAGGAGGACACACACACUCUCCUUUAUCUCCACGAGGAGCGUCAACACCUCCUGCUUUCCUUCAACAGCCUGCUUGUCCUGCUGGAGACGGUGAAGGAGGAGAAGAAGAUCAGCAGCCACGAACACCCGGUUACCUGUGUGCUCUAUAACAGUCUGUUCAGACAGGUGAUCAGCAGCGACUCUGCCUCGUCUGUGAUCUGCUGGCAGGCCGACACGGGCCAAAGGGUCAAACAGUUCCACCGCUGUCAUGGCAACGCGGAGAUCUCCACCAUAGCUCUGGAUGGCACACAGACCCGACUGUUUACGGCGGGCGCUGACGGAGAGGUCAAAGUCUGGGACUUCAACGGCCGCUGCCUCCACAGAAUGAACGCCGGGUUGGGCCGGGCCGUGGACAUCUCACAGGUGUUGUUGCUGAAGAGGAGCAUACUGGUGAUGGGGUGGGAUAGGAUGUUAACAGUUUUCCGUCUGCAUUCCUUCUCGCAGUCUUUUGUUGAGCCCUCCGAGUGGAAGGGAGGCGUUCAGCAUCGCGGUGAUGUUCUCUGUGCCGCAUUCCAGCCUCCACAGACUCUAGUCACAGGAAGCUAUGAUGGAGAGAUCAUAAUGUGGAACAGCAGCACAGAAAAAGCUUUAAAGAGACUGCGACCGCAUGCUGAACAUGAGGACAACAGGAGGAAGCAAGACAACUGCAUUGCCAUCACCAGACUGUUCUUCAUACCAGGACGCACAUCUGCGACUGCAACUACAGGUGCAACACCAUUAUUACAGUCACUACAUACAGUGUCCAUGAAAGGUGGUGCAGAUUUGGUGUCUUGUGGUGGUUCUGGUGUGGUUCAGCUCUGGAACACCCAGUAUGGCUGUCUACUGGGACAGUUCACAGCUCACAACAAGGACCUGGGAUCCAUUGUCAUGACUGUCAGCCCCUGUGGAAAAUAUUUAAUCACAGCUGAUAAGGAAGGAACAAUCAAGACAUGGGACAUGAAGGAUUACUGUCUAAAACCAGGUGAAAAGGUGAACGAAGAACUCCCAAAACUACUGCGUAGUUUUUGCCCGCAUCUUGAUCAGGUGACUCACCUGGAGACGUGUUUAUACGGCGACAGACUCCUCCUCCUGUCUUCAUCGUCAGACUGCAGUGUUGCCCUUAGCUACCUGCCUGGAGACACCAUCGGUCUGUUCGGACAGGACCACUGGUGCUUAGAGAGAUCUGGACCACUGCAGGGACCAGAGCAGGACCAGAGGGACCCCAGAGGGCGAGAAAACACCAGACUGGAAGGAAAGAGAUCACCUGCAACGCUGGGUGAAUCUAAUACUGACCCAGGACAUGACAGUGCUGCAGAGGAGGGAGGAGAGAGGAUAAAAGAUGAGGAGUGCGAGAGAAAGACAGAAGUGGACACAAGUGAACCUUGAUGCAGGUGAAGAUUUGCUUACAUUGUGCCCUAUUUGCAGCAAAUUCAGCUUCAUCUUCACUGUGUUUUUCCAGGAGUCUGCAUAGUGUUUUGGAGCCGUCGUGUCUUCACGUGGUGUGCUGUGACUUGAAUUGGAUGUCUGAGGCAUUCAAUCUUUUAUUUUAUGAAACAAAAUCACCAUUUACUCUAAACUAUGAAAAAUAGUGAUGAUAGUUCACAAAAGGAACCCAGGCAUUGUCUGUCAUGAAGGCGCAAGGACUUGAGUCAUAAAAACACUGCUAAAUUGCAGCUUUUUCACAUUUUAUUUCCAUGCCCGAGGACAGUAUGAUGUGUAACCAUGAAUAGUCAAGCUGUAAAAAAUGAAAUGGCAUUUGGAUUCUGUGAUUCUUGCUUUUUAAUGCUUAGAAAAUAGAAAUAGUCCAGCAUGAUUUCAGGGGAUUAGACUGGUUUCAAAAUGAUUGCACUGUAGUGACAUAAAAGCUAAGAAAAGUUGAGACGGUCUUUACUGCACUUGCCAGAGUCACUCUCCUAUUCAUGGCCGAUAGCUUCAGGCUCUGCAGAGAUUCAACAGUGCAAAGAGGAAACUCUGAUUCUCGGGGUUUUCUGGAUCUGUGUCAUGGAUUUUCAUGUUGUCAUUCUGAUGGGACUCAUAUGAGUGAAAAUAUGGAAUAGAUAAAUGUAUGUUAUUAUAAUAAUUAAACUAAUCUGUAAAGAUG